CAGCUAUAAAAACCCUUUGCUCCCUUCGCCACCUUCAUCGGCAGUUCCAGCUUAAUUUCUCACAACAAAAAACUCAUUUCAUCAAUCACUUCAAAUCAUUUUCUUCUGGGAAAUGGCUUCUAAUGUUAAAGCAUCAACUGCUCUUGUUCUUUCUCUUAACCUUCUUUUCUUUGCUUUUGUAAGCUCUCACAACGUGGAAAACCCCGUUUUUAUUCAUCCAGGAGAUGUGUACCAUAAUGGCAGAAUCACUCAUGGUCAUCCCGGUACAUGCAAUCCCCUAAAUCUCGGUGUAUGCCUUGGCCUGUUGGAUUUGGUGGGUGUUAGUGUCGGAAACGUACCUACAGAACCAUGUUGCAGCGUGAUUCAAGGAUUGGUCGAUCUUGAAGCUGCAGUUUGCCUUUGCACUGCUGUCAGAGCCAAUGUGUUGGGCAUUCCCAUCCACCUUCCUAUUUCAUUGAGCCUCUUACUCAAUAAAUGUGGAAGAGAAGUAGCUACGGAAUACAUUUGCAGCCCUUAAAUAGCCUUCU